CGCUACAAUGCCCUUGCUAGAUGGGCUCAGGGACGCGGAGGCCGUCAAUGGCAGCGGCCACAACGGCCUUCAGCCAGUUCAACCCGUCGAUGGCCUUUACCCUGUUCAGCCAAUUGACGCAAUCCUUGAUACGGGUGUCCACAGUAAUGGCCUGAACAAACGUCAGAAGAUUGUAGUCGUGGGUUUGGGGAUGGUGGCUAUCUCAUUCAUUGAAAAGAUUGUCAAGCAAGAUGCUGAAAGGCGGAACUACGAUAUCGUCGUGAUUGGAGAGGAGUCCCACGUCGCCUACAAUCGUGUCGGACUUUCCUCGUUCUUCGAACAUCGGAAGAUUGAAGAUUUGUACCUCAAUCCGAAGGAAUGGUACGGAUCUUUCAAGGACCGUUCCUUUGACUACCACCUCAACACUCGAGUGACCGAUAUCUACCCCGAACACAAAACAGUAAGGACGUCGACCGGUGACACCAUCAAUUACGACAUCCUGGUUCUUGCCACUGGCUCCGAUGCAGUACUUCCUACACAUACCCCUGGUCACGAUGCGAAGGGCAUUUUUGUCUACCGGACAAUCUCCGAUCUCGAACGAUUAAUCGAGUUCGCGUCCAUGCAUAAGGGGGAGACGGGAGUCACAGUAGGGGGUGGCCUAUUAGGCCUGGAAGCAGCAAAGGCAAUGACCGAUUUGCAAGAUUUCGGCAAUGUAAAGCUCAUUGAUCGCAACAAAUGGGUAUUGGCAAGACAGCUCGACGGCGAUGCCGGCACCCUAGUAACUCGAAAGAUUAGAGAGCUAGGCCUAGAUGUGCUGCACGAAAAGCGAGUAGCAAAAAUCAACACCGACGACGACAACAAUGUGACGGGCAUCGUGUUCGAAGAUGGAGAUGAGAUCAGCUGCUCUUGCAUAUGUUUUGCAAUUGGCGUGCGCCCUCGAGAUGAGCUAGGCAAUGCUGCAGGUAUUCAGCAGGCAAAACGAGGAGGAUUUGUGAUCAAUGAGAGUCUGCAGACCUCUAUUCCCGAUAUCUACGCCAUUGGAGAGUGUGCCAGCUGGGAGAAUCAGACAUUCGGAAUCAUCGCGCCCGGCAUUGAAAUGGCUGACGUAUUAUCAUUCAACUUGACUAAUUCAGAUAAGAAGCCCAAAAGUUUCAAGCGACCGGAUCUGAGCACAAAGUUGAAGCUUUUGGGUGUUGACGUUGCCAGCUUCGGCGACUUCUUCGCAGAUAGAGAUGGGCCCAAAUUUCUUCCGGGUCAGCGUCCGCCAACCACGACAGGCCUCUCAACAGCCGAGGAAGGUGAGAGGGAUUCGCCUGUGAAGGCUCUGACAUAUAAGGAUCCAUUCGGUGGCAUCUACAAGAAGUACUUAUUCACCAUGGAUGGGAAAUACUUACUUGGUGGGAUGAUGAUUGGAGACACCAAGGAUUAUAUCAAGCUGAAUCAGAUGGUGAAGGGUCAGAAGCAGCUGGAGGUACCUCCAAGUCAGUUUAUUCUGGGGGCGCAGAAAGAUGGGGACGAAAAUGCCGACGACCUAGACGAUGAUACCCAGAUUUGCUCGUGCCACAAUGUUUCCAAAGGCGACGUUGUUUCGAACGUCAAAAAUGGUACAUGCAAGUCAAUUGGCGAGGUCAAGUCAUGCACCAAAGCAGGAACCGGCUGCGGUGGCUGCAUGCCUUUGGUGCAGUCCAUUUUCAACAAGACCAUGCUGGACAUGGGUCAAGAAGUAUCGAACAACUUAUGCGUUCAUGUUCCGUACUCGCGAGCCGAUCUUUACAAUAUUGUCGCAAUCAAGGGGCUGAGAACCUUUGGAGAUAUUAUGAAAGCGGUCGGCAAAAGCCCUGAUUCGUUGGGCUGUGAGCUAUGCAAGCCAGCUAUCGCAUCAAUCCUUGCAAGUCUUUUCAAUGGCCAUGUCAUGGACAAGGAAUAUCAUGAACUCCAGGACACAAACGACAGAUUUCUCGCCAACAUCCAAAGAAAUGGAACCUUUUCCGUUGUUCCUCGUGUUCCUGGUGGCGAGAUAACGGCAGACAAGCUAAUCACCAUUGGACAAGUGGCGAAGAAGUUCAAUCUUUACUGCAAGAUUACGGGUGCUCAGCGAAUUGACAUGUUUGGAGCCAAAAAGCAGGAUUUGCUUGACAUCUGGACCGAAUUAGUCAAUGCCGGCAUGGAGAGCGGCCAUGCGUAUGCCAAGUCUCUUCGUACUAUCAAGAGCUGUGUUGGAACUACUUGGUGCCGGUUUGGUAUUGGCGACAGUGUUGGGAUGGCCAUUCGACUAGAGGAGCGCUAUAAAAGUAUUCGAGCUCCCCAUAAGCUUAAGGGUGCUGUAUCUGGCUGUGUGAGAGAAUGUGCUGAGGCGCAAAACAAAGACUUCGGUUUGAUUUCGACCGAGAAAGGGUACAACAUCUUUGUUGGCGGUAACGGAGGCGCAAAACCACGACAUUCCGAGCUACUCGCGAAAGACGUACCUCCAGAGCAGGUUACUCAAAUCAUUGACCGUUAUCUCAUUUUCUACAUCCGAACUGCAGAUAAACUGCAACGGACCGCGCGAUGGAUCGAGAAUCUUCCCGGUGGAAUCAACUACUUGAGAGAAGUCGUCGUUGACGACAAGCUGGGCAUAGGCGCAGAGAUGGAGCAGCAAAUGGAAGAGCUCGUCAGCAGUUACUUCUGCGAGUGGACCGAGACGAUUAGAAACCCCAAGCGGCGCAAAUUCUUCCAGCAGUUUGCCAACACCGAUGAGACACUGGAGACGGUUGAGGUUGUUCAGGAACGUGAUCAGCAGCGUCCUACCUAUUGGCCGAAGGAUGCCGCUCAAAGUGAAGACUUUAAGAACCAUCAGUGGUCUAGUCUCUCGUGGCAACCUAUGAUCAAGACUGACCAUUUCUCGGACGGGCCUCCGGCGAUCUCAUCGGCCAAUGUGAAACGCGGAGAUACCCAGUUAGCGAUCUUCAAGGUCAAGGGCAAAUAUUACGCAACGCAACAGAUGUGUCCCCACAAGCGUGCGUUUGUCCUUUCGGAUGGACUUAUUGGUGAUGACGAUGCGGGCAAAUACUGGGUUUCUUGUCCCUACCACAAACGCAAUUUCGAACUCAACGGGGAGCAGGCCGGACGGUGCUCCAAUGACGAAAGCAUGAACAUCGCUACCUUCCCCAUCGAGGAGCGAGACGACGGUUGGAUCUACUUGAAGCUCCCUCCGGUCGAAGAGCUGGACUCGGUCCUCGGGACGGAAAAGUGGAAGGUGAAGAAGGGAGAGGCGACGGAUCCAUUCCAGAAAUUUGACAAGAGAUACAAAGGGAUGCGCGGGAAGAAAGCAGGCGAGAAAGCCGCUCAGAUUUGCAACACAACGCAACCAUCCCAUAAGACGAUUGACUGGUAGAGGAGGCUCUGAUGAUUCAUGGUUCAAACGAUAGUAUCUAGCAUAGGGAGGGGGGCGUAAAAGUGUCUGAUUCGAAUCGCAUAUAGACGGUAG